AUGGUAGCUUUGGAUCGGCAAGAAAUGCGUGGUUCCACAACACAUGAGGGCAAAGGUAUCGCGCUAUCUAUGACAACUGCUGAGGGGAGGGGACUGUAUAUACCAAGGGAAUACAUAUGUGGUGGCGUUGCGUCCAUGAUCAACGUAGUUGUGGUCUUCCCACUACACAAGACAGUCUUCUUCCAGCAAUUGGAUGGUAUAAGAUGGUCAGCUGCAUUUAUGCGGUUGCGAAGGGAAGGACUGGGGCAGGUCUACAGAGGUGUCGUUCCUCCUCUCCUUCAGCGCGCUUCGUCAGCAUCUGUGAUGUUUGGUUUUCAGAGUCAAUCUCAGAGGUUCCUCUACAGGCAUCCAAGCACAAUGGAGAUUCCUUCUCACAUUCAAACUAUUAUUUCUGCUACAAUGGCUGGAUGCUUAGAGGCAUCCUUAACACCCUUUGAGCGGGUGCAGACUCUCCUCCAAUCCUCCAUUAACUCUCGUCUGUACAAGAAUACAUCCUAUGCUCUUUCUAGUCUGUACAAAUCUCAUGGGUUGCAGGAACUCUACCGUGGUUUCACCCCUAUCCUUCUACGUAACUGUAUCGGUGAUAUUUUGUAUUUUAGUGGGAAGGAGUGGCUACGUGACAAAAGUCGUCCUGAGGAUCUUCCGUUUGAAACAAUACCAUCUGUACAAUUUACCAAUUAUGGUGGGGGAAAUCAGCUCUGUUGUUCAUUGGUCACGGUUGUGGUGUUUAAGUUUGAUAUAAGAAUGUAUUUCCCGCUUGCCAUAAGAGAGUUUUUUGUGUUCACAGCACAAAGUGGCGAAACAUCCGAAUCAGAGCGUGCCAAGGUUCUCUACUUUUAUCCUAGUGGUAAAUCACAGGAUGAUCAACUGACGGUUGUCGGAUUGUGUGAUGCUUUGUUGGCUUUCUCCAAUUUUUUCUCUACCUCUUGUACUGCUUUGCACACACGUAAUGGGAAACGCUAUUUUCAUCAAAUUUCUUGUGGUGUUUGGGCUGUUUUGAAUGUGUUCAUUGUUGAACCUACUGUCCCGCCUAAUGGUUGCGAAAUUUGUGAACGCAUCAUCGAUGACAAUGUGAUUUCUCACAAAUUGGUAAAUUUGUGCGAGCGUUUCGAGGAGUUGACAUUGACUGACCUUAACUUCCACGACAUUCCUGACCUGUUCGAGGCUAUACAAUGGAAGUUUUGGAGUCCCGACAGCAUAUUAAGCCUGGAAAAUCUGGGAACUCGUAUUCAACUCUCCUGUCCGUUUCCGGAUUCAAAGGCGGCCCUCUUGUACGAUGCACAGCUGGCAUGGUCAUCAUUGUCCGUAAAGGAUUUUCGACCUAUCCUUCGUUAUGCAAUUUCCGAAAUCAUGAGUUUGCCCCCUGAUCUCGAUCUUGCCGCUAUCUCGCCCACGGCACCGCACAUGGGCAGAUUUCUAACUGGUCCACCGGACAUGGAUAAGCGACUUUGCCCGGCACAGAUCCCAGUUCCAAUUGUCUUCCAAAAACUUUCGAAUUCUGACUAUCAAAAAAUUCAUGUCCUGGUUUAUCGCGCCCUAAGAGUGACUUUUUGCCUCUGUGUUGACGAAAAGUAUGAACUUAAAAAGGAAUUCUUUACUGCCUUUGAUACAAUGUACGGAAGCGCAUUGACUGAGUUGUCCACUGAACUCGAAGGGGCUUAUAGUGAGAGUCCUUCUUUCGCCCCCGACCUUUCAACCCUUUCGCUGAGUGCCGAGUCAUCCUCAAAACUCACCCAAGGCACGACUGAUCAUUCCUCCAUCGAAGGUUUUCUGUUGUGGGAGCCUGAGCUAGUCUCUGUAACCACAAACUUAUUCACCCUCCACUCUGGCGGCCUCACUGAAGUUAUUCCAGCUUUUGCUCCUCUUUUACCCAUCAUCUACGCUGGCCGUGAGGACACCAUUUCCUGUUUGGGUCAAACUUGGUGCGAAUAUCUCAUCAAACUUGAGCCCGACACCUGGCUGCAUCUUCGGCGUCUCAAUAAGCGUGAAGUUUUCCUUAUUUUCAUUGGAAAAAAAGUCGACAUUCUUAGAGUAAUAAGUGAGUUGCCUUUCCUGGUAACUUGUACUGGCAUUGUUCGAUGUCAAAGACUGUCAUCUCCCCCCUUCUGUUUUAGAUGA